AGUUCAAGAGAAAACAACUCCAAGUGUUGUGAGAUAAUGAGCAUUGCACUCUCAUUUAAAUAUAUGGUCGAAAGAGUCAGCCUACAAGAAUUGUGAAACGAACCCUGUUGUUCAGGACCGCAAGCCACAAAGAGUGCAGAUUCACCACGAGAUGGGGAAACUCACAGGUUAGCAGAUAAAAAUGCUAGAACCUAUUAAACAUGUCCUGAACAGUCAAAGAAUUGUGUUGGCAAGUACAUCACCAAGACGUCAAGAGAUACUAAGCAGUAUAGGUUUAAAUUUUGAAAUUUGUGGCUCCAGGUAUGAGGAAAAUUUAGACCCAUCACAGUUUCCUGACCCUUCACAUUUUGUUUUGGAAACAGCUUACAAUAAAGUUAUGGAAGUAGUAGACCGAUUGAAAACAGAGACUAGGCCACCUGAUUUAAUAAUAGGUGCAGAUACAGUUGUUUCACUAGAUGGAAAAAUUUUUGGUAAACCAAAAACCAAAGAAAAUGCAUUUCAAACUCUUGAAAAGCUUAGUGGAAGACCACACACUGUGUACACAGGAAUAAUUCUAGUCAAAAACGAGAAAGUUGUGAAGUUUUGUGAAAGCACCAAAGUUUACUUUGGCCAACUUACACCUGAGAUUAUCAGUGGCUACGUAAAAACAGGAGAGCCAAUGGAUAAAGCUGGAGGCUAUGGGAUUCAAGGUCUGGGAGGAAGUUUAAUUGAAAAAAUAGAAGGAGAUUAUUAUACGGUUAUGGGACUACCUUUGCAUUCGUUGUGUAAACACAUCCUUUCUCUUUAUAAAGAUGCAGAAGUUUCAUAGUAUAUGACCACUCUUUUGAAGUCAUUGCUUAUUUCACAUUGCCUGAGCCUAUGCUAGUGUAAGUCAUAUUUUAUAGAGUUGAUAUAUGUGAUGUACGAAUUUUUGCUGUUCAGGCAAUUGAUGUGAGUGAGUUUAUGAUUAUCAAGAACAAUAAUCACAACAAUACAUUUCUUCAGCACCUUCUUAGUA